AUGAAAGACAAGGAAAACUGGGUGAACAUGUAUGUUUACAAACAUGCCCAUAUUGGCAAUCGCACGUCAGACCGUGCAGAAAGUGCCCAUGCUUCUCUUAAGCAUUCUCUUGGUACUUCCUCGGGUAAACUGAAGACAGUUACCCUUAAAGUUGCAGAUCGCAAGCAUUGGCUAAUGGUGGAAAGCCUUGGAGAAGGAACAAAAAUUGUGUUUGAUAAAGUCAAUGCCACCAGACUAAAUGACAUCCGUCUUAAAGUCUGUAGAUUUGCAAUGGAUCAAAUCAAAUUAGAAUUAUCCAAAUCCAUUAUACCCGAAAAACUAGCCAAAGAGUGCAAAUGCCUCAUACAAUACAACUACCUGCUUCCUUGUUACCACACACUCGCCAAAUUCGAUACCAUCCCAAUCUCCUGCAUCCCAAGACGCUGGAGAAAAAACUAUCUAGAAGGAGAAAACCAUUUAACUAUCCAAAAUGCAACCCCAGUACCCCCAAACAUCAACAAUAUCAAACCAAUAACCCCAGAAUUCAACUAUGCUCUUGAACUUAUUUGCGAACAUUUCGCCAAUGCUCAGAGCGAACAAGAACAAAUCAAUAUAUACCAAUUGAUAGAAAAAACUUUGAAACAAAUCGACGCACAGAAACUCGAAAACCUUAAGGGCCAAACAGUAGUUGAAGCCAUUAAAGGCCGACCAAAAAAUACUAAGCGCAAGAUGGUUGCAUUAAAGCAUUGCAUCAAUACCAAAAAAGAAAAAAUCACAAAAAAAAUUAAAACAGAAAAAGAACAAAAAAAGCAAAAAAUAUCCUCAGCUAAAGAGCAAAAAGCCAUAAAAAAUAUUAUCAACCUUGGGUCACCAUGCGAUCCCACAUUACUAACAAAUCUCACAAUCGCACCAAAACAUAUAUCAACAAUCUUUUCUCCUGAAGAAGACGGAAAUUGUGGGUACAGGGCGAUAGCAAUGGAAGUGUACCAGGACCAGGAGGAGUGGUCAAAAGUAAAAGACAAAAUGCUAGAAACAUUUUUAAAGCACCAAAACAACUACUACCACGGAAGAAUAGAGCAUGGCAAUAUGCCUGCAUCCAAUAACCCACUAAUUCGCAGUCUCCAAGACAAGCGCUCACCUCUCCCCCAGCAACAUUGGCUCGGUACAAUCGACCAUCCUCAACUUGUAACCGAUACAUUUAGCAGAGCAGUGGCUGUAUAUUGGAAUACUCCAAUUGAAACAGGCGACUGUCUUUUUGUUCCAUUUGCUACCUUGCCAGAAAAAGUGGAACCGAUAAUUAUUAUCUUAGAUUGCUGUUGUUGGCAUUUCGUAAAUGUCUUUAGUCUUUGGUUUUACAGGAGUCGCAAGUUUAAACAAGCGAUAUUGAAUAUAAAGAACAAAGCUGCAAAGAAGAAGUGGAUGUACCUUUGGCGUGUUAAAUUCAUCGAUGUCCAAAAGCAAUUGAUCCCUAAUUUAUUAACAAUACAAGGCUUGAAUUGA